UGUCCUCUGAUGGGCUCGACUUUCAUGGACAGUUUUUGUCUUCCUUGUGGUCUUUGGUGAACCAGUGAGUCCUGGCAACGCAUCCGCACUGUGAACUCCGCCAAUUACGCACGAGAACCUGUCCGCACUUCCCCAGAAGUGAGUGGCUUACUGCAUCUGAGCGCGGGUGCUCUCAUGCACAGAAAAAAAAGAAGUUAAGGAGAAUCUUUUGAAAGGCGACUACAAUCACACUGUACUCGUUUUGUUGGAUUCGGACCGUGCGCGCUUUAAAUGUCACCGGCUGUUUUGUGGCUGAAGCGGCAGCGCAUCAUGUGCAGCCCGUCUUUUGGAAAUCAACAAUUCCAACUACUAAACUCUUUAUUCUAUUAGCCAAACGUUGACUUAGUGUGGUUUCUUUGCGCUUCACAAGAUUCCAGCAAGCGGCACAGCGCUGGAGCUGGUGUGUGACAUCCAGACAACUGAGGAGGAGGAGGAGGAGUUGGAAGAAAGGAGGUUUCCAGCUGCACGACAGCUUUUUUCUCCUCACACAAGGCGCUUCUUCUCCAGAGGACAGGCUGAAAAAAAGUUUGUCCAGGGAAGUAGAAAGGAGAGAUGACAACCAUCACUCUUCUCCUGCUCUUCUUUGUCUCUCUCACAAGCAGCAGUGCAGAGAACGCAGAGGAGCGUCUGGUGAACUACCUGUUGGGUCCAGAGCGCUACAAUAAACUGAUCAGACCAGCUGUCAACAAGAGUCAGCAGGUCACCAUCUCCGUACAGCUGACUCUGUCUCAGCUUAUCAAUGUAAACGAAAGGGAGCAGAUAAUGACAACCAACGUAUGGCUGUUUCAGGAGUGGAAUGACUACAGGCUGAGGUGGGACCCGGACAAAUAUGAGGGAAUCAAGAAACUGCGAAUUCCUUCCAAACAUCUUUGGCUUCCUGACAUCGUGCUUUACAACAAUGCCGAUGGUGUCUACGAGGUUUCUGUCUACUGCAACGCUGUAGUUUCCAACACGGGAGACAUUUUUUGGCUGCCCCCUGCAAUCUACAAGUCGGCCUGUGCCAUCGAGGUGCAGAACUUCCCCUUCGACCAACAGAACUGCACUCUCAAGUUCCGCUCCUGGACGUACGACCACACAGAGGUGGACCUGAUCCUCAUCAGUGACUUUGCCAGUCGUGACGAUUUCACGCCCAGCGGAGAGUGGGACAUCGUGUCACUGCCGGGACGCAAAAACGAGGACCCCAACGACAUCACCUACCUGGAUAUCACCUAUGACUUUGUGAUCAAGAGGAAGCCACUUUUUUACACCAUCAAUCUGAUCAUCCCGUGUGUGCUGAUCACGUCGUUGGCUAUCCUGGUCUUCUACCUGCCGUCGGACUGUGGGCAGAAGAUGACGCUGACGAUCUCAGUGCUGCUGGCCCUCACUGUGUUCCUGCUGCUGAUAUCAAAGAUAGUGCCACCCACCUCUCUGGCAGUGCCUCUUAUUGGUAAAUACCUGAUGUUCACCAUGGUGCUGGUGACUUUCUCCAUCGUUUGCACCGUCUGCGUCCUAAACGUGCACCACCGCUCGCCGUCCACCCACCACAUGCCUGACUGGGUCAAACACCUCUUCCUGCUCCAACUGCCCUCCUUCCUCCUCAUGAGGCGCCCAGGCUCCAGUGUCCGUGAUAAACUACGCCGGAGGUUCGCCACCUGGAGUUCCGUCGAGAAAAGCGCUUCACAGAGCUGCACGGACAAGAAGCUGUACUCCAACAUCCGACUGGGUGGGAUCCGGACAGACAGCCACUCUCUCUACAUGAACGAGGACUUGGCCCACAGGUUUUGCUGGAGGGGGGACGACAAUCCUGAUGGCGGUAGCAGGUUUUCAGAAUUGCAAAGUCCUUUGGCUGGUCAGUGGGAUGCAGAUCUGGAGGAAGCAGUGGAUGGAGUGAAGUACAUCGCUGAGCAUAUGAAGACGGAGGACGGUGAUGAAGGGAUCAUAGAAGACUGGAAGUAUGUGGCCAUGGUGAUAGACCGUCUCUUCCUGUGCAUCUUCAUCCUGGUGUGUGUGGUGGGAACACUGGGCCUCUUCAUGCAGCCGCUGUUCCAGACCUAUAACACACCCAUGGCCGAUGGCGCUGAGAAUAGAGAUUUCUAAGGUUUUUGACACAUGAAAGAGAGAACAGCUGAGUAAACAUCUGGAACAGGAACCUUUAACUAAGAACCUACACCGGGUCGAGCUCUGAUCCGUCUCUGCUGGUUCUGUUUACAGCAGUAUUUUAACUCCAUGGUUUCUCAUCUGGACUAUGCACCCAUUGGAAAUCUGCUAUCACCACAGGUAUGACAAUCCUGAGAUACUUUUUUUCUUACAUUAACCUCUAUCCUGAUGACCUUAUGGGUCACAGAGUAUUUUGGUGUAUGUUCGUCAGUGUUCAGAGUAAACUGCAAAGCGGUUAAAACUACUUGUUAUUUCAUAUCCCGACCUCAAUGCCUUUCGUUUUCAAUACCGUUCAUGUUUAGUGUUAAAGUUUUAUACGACAUUCUACCAGCAGUUUGUGUGGGUGCAGCUCAGUGGACCAUAGUUUCCUCUUCUGUGCACCUCACAAAGCAAGUUUCACAACAAAAGCAAAACAAAAGCAAAGAUACUUUGUCAUCUCCACACAGCCUCUCUCUUUUCGUUCGGUCUUUUACCUCGUUCUGCUUCAGAGCAUUGUUCAUUUCCACCUUUUAUCUACCAAGCAGCACUGUAUCCAUUAAUGUACUGUCUUGUUAAAAAAAAAAACGUGUCUUGUUUCUCACUUUCAUUGUUUUUCUUACUUUGUACCAUUAUGAAAAAUGAAGUGUGUCAGAAAAACCCAAUACUGCCUAAUGAAAUCUUGUGUGAAAAAUGAAAAAAAGUACUUAAAGAUGAAUGGAAAUAUCUGUGCCAGACAGAUUCCUUCUAAUAAAUGUUCACGUGAACAGGAAAGCACCCCCCACCCUCCCACAAACACACACACACACACACAGGCAUAAACAUACAUAUACACACACUUCACACUGACUUUACUCUAAUACAACAUGUUGAAUAAAAGCUGUGAUUUUA